UAAGGUAUUAAAAAAUAUCACUUUUCCUUCACGAACUAACGAUGAUUAAAAUUGAUAGUACAAUACAAGUACAUCAUUUACAUAAGUGCAAAUAAUUUGCGAGAUAUACGAAUCUUAUAUCUGUGUCUUUUAAAGAUAAAGUAUAUUAUUAGAUUUAUCGUUUUUUUGCGGUACUACAUUGCUAUCGUACACUAGCAAAGUCUUUCCUCGCAUAAUUCUUUUCCGGACAUCCGAUGAAAUUAAAAACCACAUCGUCACCGCGCUGCAUCCUUUGAUCGGUAUAAAUAGACAAAGAGAGAACUUUACUACGUCUCAUUGUUUAUUGACGUAUCAGACUGAAACGAACUACUUGCACUAGUAGCUCUUUUGUUCGCAUAUCGGCUAGUCAUGAAGUUUCUUGAAAUAGUGUGUGUUUUACUGAUCACUCGGAUUUAUUCUACCGUAACAAUGCUGUACGAAGACGGCGAAAUGCACGAAAUGCAGGAGAUAGGAUGCUCAGGAAAAGCAAGAUUCAAACAACUGAAGAAUCAUAUAAAACAUGUGACGUGUACACCGAGAGAUACCGUGGUAAAACUGUUAUCGAAAAUACCGGGUACCGUCUUAUUCCCGAAUUACGCUAUUGCAAAGAGAUGCGGCGGAUUUUGUCCACACAAUAAGUCAUGCGUGGGAGUUGAGAAAGUAAAUAUAACAAUUCCAAUUAAAGUAUUUACCGUCAACUCACCUGAGUGUCAUCACGUUUAUGUCGAACAACAUACUAAAUGCAGAUGUCAAUGUAGUGUGGAAAAAAGUGAUUGCAACAUGCAUCAAGUAUAUUCAGAGGAUAAUUGCGCGUGCGAAUGCGUGAACAGAAAAGAGUGCAAUAGAUCGCGUCGCAUGGUUUGGGAUGAAAACGUGUGCAGAUGUACUUGCAAUCAAGAAGAGAUCUGUUCAAGUGGACUUGAAUGGGUGCCUGCUCGCUGCGGAUGCGCCAAAGUUAUGGAAAUGCCUUACAGCAAUACAAUCGACUGAGAUAACAAAGCCGAAAGUAAAUUCAAAUACACCUCUUCAAAUAUUACAACUGCAUCGUUAACGAUUUUAUAAUCUUCGAGAUAAUAGAUAACAAUACAAUCUCGCAAAUUUUACAAAUUUAUUUGUUUUUGUGUUAGAUAUGUUGUCGUACACAUUGUUUUUCUAUAUAUAUAUAUAUAUGUUAGAAGCGCUGUGAAAUUAUAUCAACAGAUUGAGUAACAUAUAUUGUCAAAACUUUGCAUUGUUAAAAUACAAUUAAAGAGCAUUUUCAAGUUUCGAUAUA